GGGCAAAAUGAAUCGUUUCAUUAGAAGAUCUUUCUCUUUAGCAAGCCUUCAUCGUCGUUCUUCGUCUGCUGUUUACGUCAAUGAAGCGGAUCCAUCUUCACUAGCUUUGUGGAAGUCUGCCAAACCAUUCAAGCAAAUUCCCGGCCCCAAAUGUUAUCCAGUGAUUGGUGCUCUUCCGACAAUCCUGACCAGCAUUACUGAUGAGAAACCAAGAGGAAUGCUGUCUUUAGACUGGUUCAAAGAGUAUGGUUCCCUUUAUAAACUGAUUGUUCCUGGUAUGAGCCCCAUUUUAUACACAACUGAUCCAGAGGUAUUCAAAGUAAUGGUUCAGAAUGAAGCUAGCAACAAGUAUCCCUUGAGAGGUGUAGGCUUUGAAGACAAACUUCGUUGGGUUUGUCAUAAAAUUGGUGUUCCUCCGUUCAUGUUCUUCACUGGAGGUCAAGAGUGGAAGACACUUAGAUCUGCAAUGGCGAAACCAGCAACACCUCGUAAAGUAGCGACCUUCUCUAAUCAGUUGUAUAAUGCUGCUGAGGAGUUAGGAACUCACUGGUUGAGUAAGAGAGGAGAAGAUUCAUAUAUCACUGAUAUAAGAGAUGAUUUACAACAAUGGGCACUUAAAGGUGUUGUUUGGUUUAUAUUCAAUAAAGAUUUGCCUGUUUUCGAAGAAGGAAAUCAAAUGGCUAAUGAUUUUACUAAAGCAGCAGUCAAUUUCACUAAUGCCAUAGGAGGUAUGCUACAAGCGUUACCACUGUAUAAGCUGUAUCCUACUGCACCAUUUAAAAAUUUUAAAAAAGCAGUGAAUGAUAUGCAUGCUAUUGGAGAAAGCAUGAUGAAGUUCCGUUUUGAACAACUUCAGAAAUUAGCUCAGGAAGGAGAAGUACUUGAUGAAGAAAGGAUUAGCCUAGUGGAGCAUUUGCUAAUUGAGGAAAAGCUAACUAAAGAGCAAGCACUAUCGCAAGCAUGUGAUUUACUGUCUGCUGGUGUUGAUAUACUUCUUCCAAUACAGCAGUGUUUCUGGAAUCAAAUGGCUGAUGAUUUUGCUAAAGCAGCAGUCAAUUUCAAUAAUAACAUAGGAAGUAUGCUACAAGCAUUACCACUGUAUAAGCUGUAUCCUACUGCACCAUUUAAAAAUUUUUAAAAAGCAGUGAAUGAUAUGCAUGCUAUUGGAGAAAGCAUGAUGAAGUCCCGUUUCGAACAACUUCAGAAAUUAGCUCAGGAAGGAGAAGUACUUAAUGAAGAAAGGGUUAGCCUAAUGGAGCAUUUGCUGAUAGAGGAAAAGCUAACUAAAGAGCAAGCUCUCUCGCAAGCAUGUGAUUUGCUCUCUACUGGCGUCGAUGCCUCAUCUAACACAGCAGUGUUUCUUCUCCAUCACAUUUCUAAGGAACCAGAACUGCAGCAAGCAUUGUACGAUGAAGUUACUAGUGUCUGUGGUUUAAAUGGAGUACCUGACUUCAACGAUUUCCAAAGGAUGCCUCUAGUCAGGAACUGUAUCAAGGAGACACUACGACUUUAUCCAGCAGCACCAAUUCCAAGACUGGCUCAAACAGAUAUGGUUAUUCAUGGCUACAAAGUUCCAAAAAAUGCUUCAAUAGUCUUUGAGCUUUUUUUGAUUGGAAGAGAUCCCAAACUCUAUCCUAAUCCAGAGAGUUUUAAUCCUUAUCGUUGGGAGGGAAAGAAGGAGCAAGAUGGUCUCGUUACAUUUGGUAGUCUCCCAUUUGGUGCUGGUGUCCGAAUGUGUUAUGGAAGGCGUUUAGCUGAGCUAGAGCUUCACCUUUUAUUGGCUAAUAUUUGCAGAAGAUUUGUCCUUUCUACUGACCAGUCUUCUUCACUUAAGCUAUUAAAGUUUCUAGCUUUAAAAUCAAAAGAUCCAGUUAGACUUCAUAUAAAAGAAAGAGAGCUUUAUGACAUUUAACUUUUAAAAUGUAUAGAUCACAAGUUUUGUUGUUGCAAUUUUGUGGUUAGCUAGAUCUAGAUCUAACUGCUGCAGUUUUGGGGGAGGUGCUGGGGCAAAAUUAAUAGUUUGAUUAGAUCUUUUUCUUUCUCUUUGGUAAGCCUUCAUCGUGGUCCUCGUCUGCUGUUUACGGUCAAUGAAGCGGAUCCGUCUUCAGUCUGCCAAACCUUUCAAGCGAAUUCCCGGCCCCAAAUGUUAUCCAGUGAUUGGUGCUCUUCCAACUUUCCUGACCAGGAUUACUAAGGAGAGGCCAUUAGUAAUUGUGUCUUUGGACUGGUUCGCUCACUUUAUAAACUGAUCAUUCCUGGUAUGAGCCUAGUAUACACAACUAAUCCAGGGGUAUUCAAAGUAGUGGUACAGAAUGAAGCCAGCAACAAAUAUCCUUUAAGAGGUUUUGGGUUUGAAGACAAACUUGGUUGGGUAAGUCAUAAAAUUGAUGGUCCUCUAUUCAUGUUCCUCACUGGAGGUCAGGAAUGGAAAAAAACUUAGAUCAGCGAUGGCAAAACUAGCAACACCUCAUAAAGUAGGAACAUUCUCUAAUCAGUUGUAUGAUGCUGCUGAGGAGCUAGGAACUCACUGGUUGAGCAAGAGAGGAGAAGAUUCAUAUAUCACUGAUAUAAGAGAUGAUUUACAACAAUGGGGACUGAAAUGCGUCGUUUGGUUUGUGUUCAAUGAAGAUUUGCCUGUUUUCAAAGAAGGAAAUCAAAUGGCCAGCUAAUGAUUUUGCUAAAGCAGCAGUCAAUUUCAAUGAUAGCAUAGGGAAUAUGCUACAAGCAUUACCACUGUAUAAGCUGUAUCCUACUGCACCAUUUAAAAGUUUUUUAAAAGCAGUGUAUGAUAUGCAUGCUAUUGGAGAAAGCAUGAUGAAGUCCCGUUUCAAACAACUUCAGAAAUUAGCUCAGGAAGGAGAAGUACUUGAUGAAGAAAGGAUUAGCCUAGUGGAGCAUUUGCUAAUUGAGGAAAAGCUAACUAAAGAGCAAGCACUAUCGCAAGCAUGCGAUUUACUGUCUGCUGGUGUUGAUACUUCUUCCGAUACAGCCGGUAGUGUUUCUACUCCAUCACUGAUGUUUCCAAGGAACCAGAACUGCAGCAAGCAUUUUAUGCUAUACAUAAAAUGGAUCUUUUACCUGAAGACCAGAGGCAAAUGAUUUAUGAAAAGAGAGAAUCUGAGCUUGUUAAGAGAUCGUUGCCCCUUGAGUGUAAAUGUUUCAAGACAUCAAUAUGGGAUGAGACACUUUACAAGGCCUGGUCUCAAAUAGUCCAUCUCCUCAUACCUAAUGUCAAUACACUUGAGAUGCAUCUUGACAGUUUUGCUGGUAUUCUUGACGCUGAUGAGGUCCUCCUCUUUGAGAGAGCCACCUUCCUGGUCAUAGCUCAUUCUGUGAAGAGGCAACAUAGUGACAUUCAUAGAUUUGAAAAAAUUAGUAACAUAGUCAAGCAGUUUAAACUGAGUUGCAGGUAGUGACAGUUAAUUUGUGUGUGUUCUCUCACUCUCUUAAUUUCUGUAAUUGCUUGCCGUCAAGGCUUUUUAAUUUCACAGACUUUAAUUUUAUUAAAACUGCCAAUCAUUACAAUCGUGCAUGCUUGGUAAUACACAUGUGAGUAAAAGUUGACAACUCAACAAAUCCUUUUACACGUAGCUCUUUCACUUUCUCUCUCUUUCUUUCUAUAGUGCUUAAGAUUAAAUUGGUAGAUUUCAAAAUCAAAAUUGCCAAUCAUUAUGACAUGCUUGGUGAAUAUCGCUUGCAUUAAAAUUGGCAAACCAAAAAACCCACAAAUUCUAAAUAGUAAAUUUGCCAAAAUGCAUAUAAGACUAAAUCACUUUACAGUGCAUUUACAUGUUCAUGUACUGUAUCUGUUAAUUUCUCUUUAUCUCUUCCCCCUCUCUCUCUCACCUUUUCUUUCUGUGUAGCAAACUUUAGACUCAGUUCCAGAGCAUGGAAGUACUACGGAAUUCCCAGUUCUCUGCAUUUAUUGAUGUAUUUACUCCAAACACUUAUGUAAUGGUUAUCAUGUCUGACCCAACCAUACCGUCUGCUGUUACUCUUGUUAAUGUAAAAAACGCUCGCAAGCAUUUUGAGAAAA